GACCGAGCUUGAAGAGUUUAGCCAGUACAUUCAGUGCUCGCUUCUCAGCUUGGUGCAUGGGGCUUCGAGCGAAGCCCGCAAGGACGUCGAUAGUGCUCGACAGGACUUCCUUGACGCUUUGCAAACUUUCAGGGACGAGACUCUUGAGGCCUUGACAGCUCUGCACGAGCGCGCUGACCUCUUGCUUGAGAAUCAGUUUCGCUUGCAGACCCAGUUUGUGAUUUUGCAACAGCGCCUCACUCAGCUUGAAGGGGCGCCUGAGUGCACUGACGGGCCCGAUUUUCUGCAUACCUUGUGUGCGCGGCAGCCCAUGGACAUGGCCCUGACCCGGCGAGCCGUCUGGGUCCAUGACAGUUUUGCAUUGCAUCGGCCGCAGAUCUCUUCCCGCACUGCUGAGUUCGCUCAUCGAGUCGCUUUCGACAAAUUUUGUGAGGACAUGCAGACACCGCAGGAACCGCUGGCCGAGCAGUUGGCCCGAGAUGCCUGGGCUCGCCAUGACAUCGACAACCUCGAUGCUGCUUCUUUGACGCCUUCGGAAUCUGGAGAUGUCGGUGAAGAACGAGACCCUCACACCGUCUUCGCUGGUCUAUCCGAUGAACGCAAAGAAGCCUUGGCUGCCGGAUCCAGCUGGGAGGCACCGACCAGAAUCGUGCAUCGUGCUCCCUCUGAGCCGCCGGCUACAGAUUCGGACCGGGGCCAUGGUGAUUGGUUGCGCGGCCUCAGUGGCCGUCUCGAUGACGUUGAGAGCUUUUGCGGGUCAAUCAUCGACCCCCGGUUCUCUCGUAGUCUUCAUGCUCGCUUACUCCGAGUGGAGCGCCUGCUGAACGUCCCUGAGCAGUAG